AUGAAGACUUUCAGUCGUGAGACCACCGGAGUGGAGGUUGUCAGAGAAUUUGCCGACAGAGUUGAGGGCAAGACCAUCGUCGUCACAGGCGCUAGCGAGAAAGGCCUAGGAGGAGAGACUGCCGUUGCACUCGCCCAUGGCAAUCCAGCACACUUGAUCCUGCUUGCUCGCUCUCAAUCCCGGGUGGAAUCGAUCAUGUCCCGCAUCAAAGAAAUCAACCCUGCCAUCAAGGUCGACUUCGUCCCCGUCUCACUCGACGACUUUGAUUCCGUCCGUGCCGCCGCGGCCACCAUCAACGGGAAAAUUUCCAAGCUCGACAUUCUAAUCAACAACGCGGGAAUUAUGGCGAUCGAACAAUAUACGACUAACAAGAACGGGAUUGAAAUUCAAUUUGCGACCAAUCAUCUGGGUCAUUUCCUGUUUACGAAACGCUUGUUUCCCAAGAUUCUUGCCGCAGGGCCUGGAUCGAGAAUUGUCAACUUGACCAGCCUCGGCCACAAAAUCGGUCCCGUCCGCCUUGAGGACUACAAUUUCUCUGAUGGCAAGGAAUACGAUCCUUGGUCUAGCUACGGCCAAUCCAAGACCGCCAAUGUUCUCUUCUCACUAUAUCUCGCCAACAAACUUCGUGGCCGUGGCAUCCAAAGCUACGCUGUCCACCCAGGCGGCAUAUACGACACGCAAUUGGCAAACCACAUGACCGAUGUUCCCGCGUCGCUCGCAAGCAUUGAGGCAAUCGCGCAGAAGAAUACUGGCAGACACUUCCCCCUCGACCAGGAGAAACCAAAGAGCAUGGCGGAAGGUAUUUCCACGACUUUGGUAGCGGCCUUAGAUCCUAGAAUUGAAUCGCAGAGUGGGAUGUAUAUGACAGAUUGCCAGUGCCAGAGUACGUACGAGUACGCUGAGAGUAUGGAGGGCGCGGAGAAAUUGUGGAAACUGAGUGAAGAGUUGGUUGGAGAGAAGUUUGAAAUUUAA